UCCAUUCUUCUUCCCUCCCUCCGUUUUCAGGCACUCGUCCUCUCUCCUUCCACCCCGGAGUCAUGCUGGCAAGACGCCUUCUAAAGAAACAAACCCUUCAUCUCUCCGGAGCUCCUCCCAGUUCCCCACUUCCAUCUUUCUCCACCCCCAAAACCCACAUCCCAAACCCCAAUACCCUCCUCCCCAGCCGUCACCUCGCCACCGAGUCCGAGGCCGGCGUCGGCUCCGCCCCCCUCCCCUCCCACCUCCAAACCCAACUGACCAAAUUCUGCGGCCUCAUCAGGAGUAAACGAUAUGCGGCCGCCAAAUCCCUCCUCAAAUCCUUCGCCACCGCCGAAGACCUCGUCCAUCCAUUCUCCUCCGUGGCCUCCUCGAUUCAAUAUUCGUGCGAGAAGGCCAAAAUUUCCUCCGCCAUGGUGCUCGACAUGCUCUUCAGGGUCUACGCGGACGCUGGUGUGACCGAUGGAGCUCUCGAGGCUUUCGAGCUCAUUCUCGAAAGGUUCGGCCGGGUCGAUGGGAGGUCCUGCAGCGUCUACCUCCAGGCGCUCCGGAAGUCCGGCCAGAUGGACUCGGCUCUCGAUUUCUUCCGCCGAAUGGUUGAAUUGGAUGGCGUUGAUGUCUCGGCCUACUCGACAGCGAUUGUGGUUGAUGGAUUGUGCAAAAAUGGGGACUUUAGGACUGCCAGGGAACUGGUCGACGAAAUGUCUCAAAGGGGGAUGGAGCCGAAUAUCUUAUCUUAUAAUGCUUUGAUCGAAGCUUAUGCGAAAGAAGGAGAUUUUGAUUCGGUGAAUGAGAUACUUGGUUUUGCCGAUAGGAGAGGCAUUGCUCGUAGUGUUGGGACGUAUACUGUUCUCAUUGAUGCCUACUCCACUCGUGGACAUAUGGACAAAGCUGAGAAGGCCUUUGAGGAAAUGAAUCAAAGAGGGCUGAGUGGGGAUAUCUAUGUAUACACUUCGUUGAUCAACGGGAACUGUAGGGCUGGAAAUAUGAAGCAGGCAUGUGCACUGUUUGAUGAAUGUGUUGAGAGGGGCCUCAAGCCCAAUGACCGGACCUAUGGGGCGCUGAUUAAUGGGUUUUGCAAGCUUGGGCAAUUGAAUGCUGCGGAGAUACUGAUGGAUGAAAUGCAGCAAAAGGGAAUUGAUAUUAAUCAUAUCAUAUUCAAUAUGAUGAUUGAUGGGUAUUGCAGGAAAGGAAUGGUGGAUAAAGCUCUCAACUUCAAGGCUAUCAUGGAGAAGAAAGGAAUCGAGCUUGAUGUGUAUACUUAUAACACGAUUGCUUGCGGGUUGUGCAGGGUGAACAAAAACAGUGAAGCCAAGGAGCUUCUCCAUGUCAUGGUUGAAAGAGGGGUCGCUCCAAACACUGUGAGCUACACGACUUUGAUUGACAUACAUUGCAAGGAAGGAGAUAUGGUCGAAGCAAGAAGGAUAUUUCGAGAGAUGGGGUGCAAAGUGGCAAGCCCUAGUGUUGUUAGUUACAAUGUGAUGAUCGAUGGGUAUUGCAAGAAGGGUAGCAUUAGGGAGGCUGAGAGGCUUAGGAAGGAGAUGGAGAAGAAAGGGAUGUUGGCAGAUGUAUACACGUAUACAUCACUGAUUCACGGACAUUGUGUUACUGGGAAGGUACAGGUUGCAGUGAAGUUGUUCGAGGAGAUGAAAGAGAUGGGUGUGGUGGCAAAUGUAGUGACUUAUACUGCACUAAUCUCAGGAUUGUCCAAGGAAGGGAGAUCAGAUGAGGCAUUUAGGUUGUAUGAGGAGAUGAUAGAGGCAGGACUAACACCAGAUGAUUCAGUCUAUGCAUCUCUUGUGGGUAGUCUUCAUACAACAAAAGAGAGCGAAACAUUCGGCUUGAGAAGAGUAACUUCAUAGGGUUAUACAAGUGGACCAUGAUGAUAAGCAGAAACCUCAUGGUAACAAGCAAAAUUUUCUUUAGGGAUGAUAUUAGUCGCCCCUGAUCUGCUCAUCCGUGAACCAGCUUAUGAUAUGGAAGUUCAUCUCUCCUUCCAAGAUAAUGGACAUGGACUUGAACUUCUUGAUUGGUUUCUAGAUACAUGCACUUGGUCCAGAUUAAGCACCAUGAUAAAGCUUCAUGAUCUUAAAACUCCUGAAUUAAAAGGUUCUAUAGACGGAUUGUUUAUUCUUAAGCUUUAUAAAAAUGGUAGCCUAAGAGAUUCAAGCCAUACAAAGUUCAGAGGUAGAUUUUGUUGAGAAGAUUUUCAUGGUGGUCAUGGUUGAACUUGUUUCACCAGAUAGCAGGGCAAAGCAAAUUUUUUUUCUACCGGGAAUUUAGAAGCAGUACACAGUGCAAAAACGUAAGCUUUUAAACCCAUUAUCCAUAUAUAUCCUGGUGGUUAUUUUUGGCUGAAUAUAUAUAUUUUUUUAUUAGAAGGUCUCCUAAUAUGCCUGUCGUUUUAUUUUAAUGUGCUUGUUCUGUUUACUGACAGAAUGAUAUAGCAUCUGGCUUGUAUCUUGAAUGACUGCUUCAGAGUUUGUAGGUGUCUUUUUUCCUUUUUUUUUUGUCUCAAUAUUACUGACAAAUCUAUUUACUUGAGAUAUCAUUCAGCAAA